AUGGCAAUCUCAAAGCAACGAUUCGCCAACCACCCGGGCGCCAAGGAAGCGCCUGCCUCGUCACUGGAGUAUCAUGUCGAGGAGGACCAGAAUCCGGCCCUGCGAGGUCGGCCGCUUGCACUUGCAUCGAUCAUAAUCGAGCGGUUACCACUGGUGCAAAAGCUGCUGUGGAACAACGCCAAGUUUGGACAGGCGCAGUACAUUCCUGACCUUGAUGGCGUCCCUUGGCGAAUUCAGCCCGAUGUCAUCCCCCUCGCAGAUAGCCCGUUUUCAUCUUCUACGUCCAACAUGCUCCCUAUCGGCCCAGAGCUGUCGCAGCCCCAGCCCGAGGACCUCGGCGGACGUUUCUAUUCCGCCGCUGACUACCACGCAAUGUACGCUUCCGGCGCGGUGACCCCGUUGCAGGUCGCCGAGGCGUUGCUCGGGAAGGUCGACCUGGUCUACCGCCCGAAGUCAAAGUACAGCGCUGCCUGGACGCAGACCAAGGCAAUGGACGUGCUGGAGGCUGCGCGCGCGUCGACCGAGCGGUGGAAGAACGGGAGUCCGUUGAGCAUCUUGGACGGCGUACCGUUUGGUGUGAAGGAUGACAUCGCCGUCAAGGGCUUUGUGUCAAGGAUGGGGAUGAAGGUGGACAGGUCGGAGGAGUAUUUCAACAAGGUAAAAGAAGAGUCGGCUUGGCCGGUAAGGGCGCUGGAGGAAGCCGGAGCGAUCAUGCUUGGCAAGAUGAACCAGCAUGAGGUUGGGAUGGACACGACCGGAUGUAACCCAUCGACCGGAACCGCGGUCAACUGGUACAAUACGUCGUACUAUCCUGGAGGGUCUUCGUCGGGUGCGGGCUCUGCACUCAGCGCAGGUCUCAUCCCAAUCGCUCUCGGAACAGAUGCUGGUGGUAGCAUGCGUAUUCCGCCCGCCUUCUGCGGCGUGUAUGGCAUCAAAACCACACAUAAUCGAACGUGCCAUGUCAGCUCGUCUGUUUGUGUGGUCGGGCCCAUGGCAGCCACGGCCGCAGACUUGACUAUUGCAUACCGCUUCGCCUCGCAGCCAAACCCAGAUGACCCCGUCCAAAGCCUCCUGGCCAUCUCUACGACUCCCGACGCCGGCCGCAAGAAAUACGUCGGAGUCUGCCGUGCUUGGACGGAUAUCGCCGAGCCCGAUGUCAUUCGCAUCUUUGACGAGUCCCUUGCCCACCUCGUCAGCGCGGGCUACGAAGUCGUCGACAUCCAACUGCCCUUCCUCCGCGAGGGCCAGCUCGCGCACUCGGCCAUCUGCCUCGCUGAAGCCGCCGCUGACGCUCGUGGCCGCGCCAACGACCCGGGCCGAUACCUCGGUCUGCUCAACCACCCCAACCGCGUUGUUGUGGCCACUGGGUCCCAUACCCCCGCCGUCGACUUCCUUAAAUAUGGCCAGCUCCGCACAGUUAUCAUGCAGCACGUGGCACACCUGUUCGCCAAGUAUCCCGGCCUGCUGAUCCUCACUCCCACGACGCCCAUCGCGGGCUGGCCCAUCACUGAAGGCGACCAAGCCUAUGGUUGCUUCGACGGAAAUAUGUCAAUCCGCAACAUGAGCUUUGCGUGGGUGGCCAACAUGACCGGGUGUCCUGCCGUGACAUUCCCGGCGGGGUAUGUCGAUCCACAACAAGGCGAGGGGAAGCUACCGGUCGGGCUGAUGGCCAUGGGUGAAUGGGGCGCCGAAGAACAACUUCUAGGGUUUGCGAGGGAGCGGGAGGCGUAUUUGAAUGAGGUUUAUCCCGGUGGGAGGCUUAAGCCAGAAGAGUGGUUCGAUACGUUGGGUGCCGCCCAGAAAGCAGCGGAAGUUGGCCGCCACAUAAGGGAAAAAACCAAAGGUAAGGCGGGCAAGGGCGUGAAGGGAGGGAGCAUUGGGUCGAGUGAGGACGAGUAG